AAUCUCCAUCAAAGAUAACCCCAUUACCCACAAUUUAAUCCUAUUACGCUUUAAAGAAUAGCAUCAAAUUCUCGUAAGGUUUUUAUCAGGAAAAUCUGAACUAUCGCUAUUAGAUAAUAUUUAAUUUUGUUAUUAUCAAAGAAAAGCAAUUUUAAGAAGCAAAUCAUAUUAGGUUAAAGUUCAUUUCUUAUCAAUUAAGAUAAACUUUCAAAAGUUAUAUUUAUAAAUAACGCAAGGUAGGAUCGGAUUUUCAUUACUGGUUCAACAAUACUGAUAAAAAAAAAUUUAUAAGUUAACAAUUGGCGAAGAACGGUAUUUGAUUUAGCUAUAUAGAGUCUAGAAUAUUUAAAAAUAAUCGAAAUAGUUAGGAUUUUUAAUAUUUAUAAGUAGUUAUGCCUCUUCAGCAUCUGCCUAGUUGACGUCCAAGGAAAGUGAAAAAUCUGAUAACGUGGUGACACCACCUGAAAAACCUCUGACGUCAUUAGUGGGUAAUCUUUCCUGCAGUACAGAAGGGGGAUCAAACUGUGAUGAUAAAAACAUGUCUCGCUGGCUGCAAAGAAAGACUUCUGUUGAUCAAGAGCAACGCUUAGUGUCGAAAUGUGGAAGCAGCAGCUUUGAAGCAUAUCCGGAUGAAACAGAUACUGCUGAUAAUAACAAAGUGAGUCCAAAUCUUGAAUCAAGAGAACUUAAAGAAUCCGCAAAAAAUGUUACACUCUACAAAGGAUUGCUCUACUCAUCCGCAUCGAGCGUAUUUUUCUCAUUGUCUUCUGUGAUCGUGAAAUAUGUGAAAGACAUUGCUCCAGCUGAAUUAGCUGUCUUGCGAUUUGUAGGAAUCCUAAUUUUCACUUUACCACUUGUUGUAUAUAGCAGAGAAGAUCCGUUUGGACCAAGACCACUGAGACAUUUAUUGAUUUUUCGAGGAUUAGUAGGAGCUACCAGCUUGUUUAUGCGUUUCGUUGCCUUUCGCUACUUGCCUAUUGCAGAUGCAUCUGUUAUUAUUUUUAGCAUUCCAGUAUUUGUAGCUGUGUUAGCUAGAAUUUUUUUAAAAGAACCUUGUGGUUUUUUCCACGCAUUUACUGUGUUCCUCACUCUUUUGGGCAUUGUGUUAAUUACAAAGGUGCCUGUCAUCCUGGCUAAUAACUUACAUCACUACACUACUACUUAUUAUUAUGGUGUGGGGGCCGCCCUCGGUUCCACAAUAUUCGGAGCAAGCGUCUAUGUCGUGAUCCGAAAAAUGACUGGGGUUCACCAAGCUAUCAUUAUGUUCAAUUUUGGAUGGGUGGCUAUUAUUGAAACUACAGUUCUUACCUUCUUGACUGGAUCCUUCACUGCUCCAGCUUGUGGUUUAGAACAAUGGCUGGUCAUUCUGCUGGGCAUAUUUAGUUUCUGUGGACAAAUGCUUUUAACACUGGCAUUAAAGCAAGAGCAUGCUGGUCCAGUUGCCAUUGUGAGGGCUGCUACUGAUAUUGUUUUGGCUUUCAUAUGGCAAAUUUGGUUCUUCAAUGAGAUUCCUGAUAUCUGGAGUAUCUCGGGUGCUCUCCUUGUUAGCUCUUGUGUUGUGCUGAUCAGUAUAAGGAAAUGGGUCAUGUCUCUGCCUGAAAACUCAACAAUUAGGAAAAAAGCUUACUUGUUAACUAUUUAGUAUUUUUUUUCCCUUGGUCUAUUAUAAUUUAAAUUAAAAUUCUUAUUAUUAUUUCCUACUUAUUUUUAAAAAAUUUUAAAUUAUUAUUACAAAUUAACUAUUUAUCUAGCAUAGC